AAUUCAAACUUAUUAAUUGGAAUCUAAAUGUUUAUAUAGACUAUUCAAUUUGUAAUAUUGAGUUAUGAAAGAGGGAGUAUAUGGUCCUUAUAUAUUUGAAGGACCUCCUGGUGUGGAAAAUAGAACCAUGAUCUGGGCUAUGCUUUAAGAGGAAUGAUGAUGAGGAGGAGAUUGGAUUAUUUAUUUGAACUUUGAUUUUUUUUUUUUCUUUGAACUGAAGUGAGGAUGGAGAAGAUGAUAGAGGAGUCUUUUGUUUUAGGUUUUCUUUGAAAUCUGGGUUUCAAAACCCAUAAAUCUGGGUUUGUACAAACCUAGAUUUGGGAAGAAUGAGGAAAGGAAGUGGGAAAAGGGAAUGGAGGGAGGGAAAAAGAAAGAGAUGUCGAAGGAGAAUGGAGGAAGAUAGUGCCGAAGAAAAAAGAUGGAAGGGGAGGAAGAGCUGAACGAUGGAGUUAACGAACAUGAAUGGAGGAACAGAAAAGGAUCGCGGGAAGAAGAAGAAGAUGAAGAUGAAGAUGGUUUGGGAAUCUGACUUGGCUUUUUUUGGUCCACGUAAAAUUGAUUGUAUGAGGUGUUAUUAUCAUGUCAUCAAAAAAAAAAAAAUGCCUGGACGGAUU